AUGGUGGUUUCCAUUUCCUCGAUCUGCCUAACUGCAGUCGGCUUGUCGUCGUUGUCCGGAUUGGCGGCUGCACAACACAUAAUCAGCGCAGCGCAAAAAGGGGCACAAUGUUGUAAUCUUUUGACAAAAGCCUUCCCAAGUAAAGUGGCUCAAAAUGGAACUACAGCCUACACUACUGAGGAUCAGAAUUUCUGGUCGACUUCCGAAUGGCUCUCCCCAAGCUGUAUCUUUGAGCCGACACAAGCAAAAGAUGUCGCCAAGGCAGUCAAGCUUUUCGCAGACAACGAAUGCGAGUUCGCUAUUCGAGGUGGCGGUCAUUCCGCUGUCCCGGGUGCAGCAAAUAUUGAUGAUGGAAUUCUCAUUACUUUUACAAACAUGAAAAAUGUCAGUAUCCACACUGAUAAAGAGGGCGCUCAGUUCGUCUCUGUCCAACCCGGGGCAGUUUGGGGGGAUGUCUACGCAUACUGCGAUCAAUACUCAGUGGUACCGAUGUGCGGCCGUUACUAUCCAGUCGGCACCGGUCUCGCCCUUGGUGCGGGCUUUUCGUUCUUGAGUAACGAGAACGGCUUUGCAGUGGAUAACGUGAAAACCUACGAAGUGAUCCUCGCUGAUGGAACUAUCCUAGAGGCCUCUCAAACCAGCCACCCGGAUCUUUUCCGUUCUCUGAAAGGCGGCGGUAACAACUUUGGUGUUGUUACGCGCUAUGACCUAUACCUCUACCAGGGCGGACCGGUUGUUGGUGGUCAGAUACAGACUCCAGAGAACCAGACUGAAAAAUGGCUAGAUCUUACAUAUGACUACAGUGUCAGACAAGCAGUAGUUGACGUCAAGACUCAUGCAUUGCCUGCUAUUCUGUAUCUGGGAGACACGGAUGAAGUGUUGACAUCGACGCCAGUAUAUUACAACGCUCACAAUAGUAGUGCCUUGCCACCUAUCAUGGCUGGAUGGUACAAUAUGACUGCUUCGUCCGAUACCGUCCGUCAAGCUUCAUAUGCAGCGCUUGCAAAGGAAUUCAACGCAAACCAGGGUGACGGCUCUUUCCAGGAACAACGCACUUAUACCAUCACCGCAAAUCGGGAAGAAUAUGCCCGUGUGUGGUAUUCAUUCCUCGAAUGGGGUCGGUCUAUUGAGAAUGUCACCGGAUUGACUCUUCUCCACUGCAAUAUGCCUCUGACUCCACGCAUGAUGGAAGCCGGUGUUGAAAAGGGAUCCAAUUCACUUGGCCUUGCUGGAACAGAUGAUGUUCUUUCUAUUCUAUAUUUUGGACUGACUUUGGAAACUUACAAUGAAACUAUUGUCAAUUCUUUUAAUUCCAUUUUCGCUACUCUUCAGGAAGAGUCCAAGUCUCGUGGACUUCUCAAUCCAUACAUAAUGUGGAACUAUGCUGGUCUCGGCCAAGAAGUCUUCCCUAGCUACGGAUACUCAUCUUUGGGCUUCAUGAAAAAAGUCAGCAAGCGCUACGAUCCCAAAGGCGUUUUCCAGCGCCUUGUUCCAGGAGGGUUCAAACUGAAUUAGUUACCAUCCUAUAGCUUGACCCACUCGCAUGUGUCGGUUAUGAUGUCCGAGUAGUCAAUGGGCUUUUUUGGAUAUUUUCUUG